AUGCGUGUUGUAAAUUUAAAUUUAAAUGAUAGUUCGGGCCUUGUUGCUGAUGAAUGCUUAUUGUUUUGGAAAAAGGCAAGAAUACCUACUCAACAUCAUUGUGAUGUAGUUCGAAAAAUAAAAAAUGUAUAUGAAAGUUGGCGAAGCUUAGAUAAAAAUAAAACAAGAAAGUCUGCAACACAACAGUACAAUGAAAAAAAAUUUCAAAACUCAUUAAAUAAUUUGUUUGAUAUUGCCCACAAAGAUGCUUUCAAUAUAAUUAAAAUUGAAGAAGACAGGCAGUUUCUAACUUUACAAAGACAAGAAGGUCGUGUUGGGUAUAUGAUAGGUGUGGACAAAAAAUUAUGUGCAGUUGAAGAACGAAGAUCUGAGCAAGAGCAAAGGAGAGAAUUGUUCAAGCAAACAAACAUCGAUUAUGGAACCGGCCCAACUAACAGUGUUGAUGUUGUGGAGAGUAUAUCAAGCGAUGAUGAACGUGAUGUGCUUAACUCUAAAGAUUCCGAAAUUUGUGAAAGUAUUACAAUGCCAGUGAAAAAUAAACGAGGUAGGAAAGAAAUUAUGAAUAGUCGUUUAGCAUCAGCUUUAGACAAAUGUAAGGUUAGUGACAGGGAUGCAGUUCACUUAUUAAUAGCAUGUGCCGAGGUAUUUAAUGUAGAUGUAAAAGACUAUGCGAUAAGUCGCUCUUCAAUUAAGAGAGCUCGUGAAAGUUUUCGUUACCAAAUAUCUUCCGAAAUUAAAACAGCGUUCCAUCAAUUAAACUUAAAUUCUGUAGUUGUUCACUGGGACUCAAAAAUACUUCCUAAUUUGAUUAGAACAGAAAAUGUAGAUAGAUUACCAGUUAUUAUAACAGCACCAAAUGUAGAACAACUUCUUGGAAUACCACAUUUGUCAUCUGGUACCGGAAAGGAAAUUUCUUCUGCAGUGUAUGACACAUAAAAGGAUUGGGAUAUGUUGGAAAAAGUGCAAGCGUUUGCUUUUGAUACAACGGCAUCCAACAGCGGCAGAUUAAAUGAAUCAUGUGUGCUAUUAGAACAAAUGUUAAACAGGCCAAUAAUGUUUUUGGCUUGUCGGCAUCACAUAUUUGAAAUUAUUUUGCAAUCAAUUUUCUCAUACUCAAAACUUACAAUAAUGUCCGGUCCCGAUAUUCCAAUUUUUAAACGUUUUAAAAAUAACUGGAAUCAAAUAGAUACAACUAAAUUUAGUACUUGGGUAAGUGAUAUUGGGGUCAAAAAAAUAUUGCAUAAAGUAGUCGAUGAUGUUAUAAUAUUUUGUAAAGAUACCUUAAGCCAAAAUCUACCAAGGGAUGAUUACAAAGAAUUUUUGGAAUUGGUAAUAAUUUUUUUGGGUGGGGUACCACCUAAAGGUAUUCAUUUUAGACGUCCAGGAGCUUAUCAUCUAGCUAGAUGGAUGUGCAAGGAAAUAUAUUGUUUGAAAAUAUACAUUUUUCAAAAACAAUUUAAAAUUACGAAAGCAGAAAUUUCUUCGUUAGAAACUAUUUGUUGUUUUAUUGUAAAAUGCUAUAUCGAGUUUUGGUUUAGGUCUCCUAAUGCUAUUAAAGCCCCUUAUAACGAUGUACUUUUUUUAAAAAAACUUGAAGACUAUAAAUCUGAUGAUAAGCAAGUGGCUGAGAUCGCUAUGAAAAAAUGUAUUAAUCACUUAUGGUAUCUUGGAGAAGAAACCGCUCGUUUUUCGUUAUUUGAUGACAGGAUUGAUAAUCAAAUAAAAAAACAAAUGGCUAAAAAACUACUAGAAAAUGACGAGCUUGAGGACGAUGAAUUUACCACAGAUAUACAAAAAAAAUAUGUAUUAAAAAUUGGCGAUGUAUCACAAUUUCUAAAACAGGACUUACCACUUGAAUUAUUGACGCAUAAAUCAAAAAAUAUAUUCCAAAGGUUCAAAUUAAGCAUGGAUUUCUUGCAACAAAAUCCGGAAAAUUGGCCAAAUAUUGAUAGUUAUAAAAAGGCCAAGAAUAUUUUACACCAUUUGAGCGUCAUAAAUGAUGCAGCCGAACGUGGAGUCAAAUUGAUGGAAGAUUUUAAUACCAAAUUUACGAAAAAUGAAAAUUAAAAGCAGUAUGUAUUGAAGGUAGUACAAGAAUACCGUAAAAAAUAUCCAGGCCAUAGUAAAAAUAUGUUGAUCAAAGAUGCAAUAAAAUAGUAAAG